UUUUAAUGACUGAUUUGAACAUGAUCUACAGAGCAGGGAAACUAUAUACCAACCACGAUAUCAGGGAAAUACAAGAGCGUUUCAACACCGCGGGUCCGAUUGCCCGUCUUUGCUUUCUACCCGAUCCUGCCAACAUGGAUGCCUGGUACCAAGCCCAAGAUACACAAAUUCAACAAGUCAUUUCUCUAGAAUUCCUUGAAAAGCUAGUGAAUGAAACCCAAUCUUUAUCCAUGGGGGAGGCUUCAAGCAUGCUCUUCCUUGCACGACGUGCCGAACGCGAUAACAUGAGAUCGCGCAUUAUCCAGCCGAUUACCCCUGGCAUCGCUUAUCGACUUCGUGCAAAACUUUGGAACGCCAAACAUAAGCAACUCUGUGACAUGUUGCUGCGCUUCUCUCGAACACCCGGCGGGAUAUUCGGUCUUCUUUUUGAGGCACAUUUUCAGCGGGUCUUCAGUAGAAACAUCCAACUGGAAGCCAUGCCUAUGAUACGAACCGCAGACAAACGAUCUCGUUGGCACGCACGAUUCAGUGACUACUCCGGUCACCCAGAAUUGCAGAAAGCCCUUAAAUCAGCCCCAGAUACUCAAAAACUAUCUCUCACUAUCAAGCCAAGCAGGUUAAUUGAAUAUGACUCUACUGGACCACUUGAGCAUAGGGAGCUGGUUUACUAUGUUCCAUGGUCGAACAAUCAGGUCGCAAUCGACUCAUUCAUUGUCCAUGACGGAGACCUUUAUUUGUUCCAGUUUGCAGGAGGCAGUUCUCACGACAUUAAUCAAGGACUUGAAAAGUUUCUACUGCGCCUUUCCCCACCAAUCUCCCCUUUAAAGCAACAUUUCAUCUUUGUUGUCCCCGACCACCUAAAAAGUUUUAGCUGCCAACACUCCAGAGAAGGUUUUUUGCAGAAUCAUGCCCCAUAUGUAGCGAAGGUAUCAGUAGAACCCAUGGCCGACGAGUUGAGAAUGGAUAGCAGUCAGCCGCAAGUCGCGAGAGUAUUUGGCGAUGGCUCCAAGGAUUACAUGACCUAG